AUGGAGCAGUUCCACCACGGCCAGCACGUGCGGCUGCGGAGCCGCGAGCUCGGCACGUACCUGCACGCCGAGGAGGACGGGCGUGGCGUCUCCCUCCACCACCGCCGGGCGUCGAUGAACGCGGCCUGGGCGGUGCACGUGUACCAUCCCCCCCGCUCGCAGGUGCCGUACCUGCUCCUCCACAGCGCCGCCUACGGCCGGUACCUCGCCGCCACGGACGGGCCGGCGCCGGUAGCCCACCGUGGGUUCCGCGUCGAGCAGCGCAGCUACAACCAAGGUGAGGACGCAGUCUAUUGGACGGCCAAUCGGACGGAAUCCGGGGACUACGUCCUGCUCCAGCACUUCAACCUCGGCUACCUCCGCGCCAACGGGAGGUACCUCCGCUGGAACAAGGGCGCCAGCGUCGGCCAUGUCGACGGCGUCCACAACAUCAGCACGAUGAUGCACUGGGUCGUGGAGGCCAUCCCCGCCAGGCAGGUCAUGCCUCGCCUUCCACGUUUGACUGAGCUCCCCGCCGUCGUGCUGCCAACGCGGGAGAUCGUAUACGUGUGGCCGGACAACCACGGGGACCUCAUCACCGGCGGCAGGCACGUGUUCAGGGGGAGAUCCGUGUACCGCCUGAGGAAGGAGCUGGCCAGGCUGCUGAACAACGUCCAAGUCUUGGGCGUCGCCGACCUCGUCAUGUGCCUCCCCACACGUGAUGGCCGGCUUUUCCCACUCGUCGUCGACCUGCCCAGCGACCGCCAGAGGUUCCACGUCGUCGUCGUCGUCGCCGGGACGCCUCUUCACACGCGGAUGCGGUACGCGGAUGUCGAUGCAGAGUAG